UGACAACAUGACAAAAUUAACUAAUCAUAUGACUUUUUCCAUCACAUCUUUGCUGCGCUAUUGAUUUGUGUCUCCGUCUUGAUUCUCGCUAGACAUAGUUUUUGUGAUCAUCUGAAUUCAGAAUGGCGAGUCAGACGCAGGGAAUCCAGCAACUGCUGGCUGCUGAAAAGCGCGCUGCAGAAAAGGUCUCAGAGGCGAGAAAGCGAAAAGCGAAACGCCUAAAGCAAGCUAAGGAAGAGGCUCAAGAUGAAAUUGAGAAAUACAGACAGGAGCGAGAGAGGCAAUUCAAAGAGUUUGAGGCCAAGCACAUGGGCACAAGAGAAGGUGUUGCUGCCAAGAUCGAUGCUGAAACCAGGGUGAAGAUUGAUGAAAUGAACAAAAUGGUUAAGACACAGCAAGAGGCAGUGAUCACAGAUAUUCUCAACUUGGUGUAUGACAUUAAACCAGAGCUGCACGUGAACUACCGCUUAGAAUAAGCGAACUUUAUGCAUAAAUUAUUAUAUUUCGCGUAUUAAGUCUUUGCGAACCCAAUUAUAGAUAUUACUGUUAUAAUUAUUCUGUUUAUAAUAAUCUGUAGCCACUUUGCAUAGAGGCAUAUGAUAUGUCUGUUUGACAGUUAGUGCGAGCAAUGCAUGCAGGUUUAAUAUUUAUGGUUGCCAUUUGCUGUAUAUAAAAGAAUAGCUUCAAUUGCCAUUUCUUAAAAAUAUUAACAAUUGUUAUUGUAUCCAAUCGAAAUCAGCUCGAUAUCAUUCCAAGGAAAAACGUGGGGAUCCGUUUGAGAACACAAAAAAAAUAAUACUUAUAUUUAAAAUUGUAUGUUAUUCAAUGUUGUAUGUUGAAUAGAAAUAUAUGGAGUUUUAAAAAGAA